AUGAAAUUGUCAUUACUUCAACUUGAACGUUCUUAUUUGGAUGCUCUUUCUGAGUUUGGUAAAUAUGCUCAAAAUACACUACAAUCAUGUGUGACUCUCAUAGAAACUCUUAAUCAAACUGGUCGAUAGUAUAUAUAACAGAAACAGUAAGGUGAGAAAUAUUUUUAAAGAGCCAUUGAAUUAGCAUCUGGAUUAGAAAUGGAAGAGUUACUCAAUGUAAAAUAUUCUACUUAUAUGUUGUACGCAGAGUAUCUUGAAUAUUAGCAUAAUAAUAAGUAAGCUUAUAAUCUACUAAUUCAAUUACUUCCUUUGUCAAAAACCAGUUAAAAAAGUAUUAUAAUGACAUAAGUCUAAAUCAUGAAUCAUAUAAUAGAGAAUGGAAGACUUUGCAAAAUUUCAAAUGUUGUACAAUUAAAUGAGAAGUUGCUGAAUCUGAUGUAAGAAAUUGGUUUGACAUUUUAUCUUUAUAAACAGUUCCCUAAGAAGUUUUAAUAAAUUCUAUUAUAAGCACUCUCAUUCUAAGCCAAAAUUUAUCAUAAAUAAAAUAAAGAUAGAGAAGCAGCAUCAUUAUAUUUUUAAUCAUAUCAUCUAUCUGAAGAAUUGCUUGGGAUUCAUGAAAAGAGAACUCAAGAAUAUAAACGAUUAUAUGAAUUAUUAAGUGAUAAGAUAUCUUUAAACAUAGAAAUUUAAAGUCAGGAUGAAGAAGAAGAUGAGCAACCCUAACAAAUUUAAAUAACACCUAGAGAUGAAAUUCUUUAAUCUUUUCGACCUAAAAUAACUUCAUUUAACAAUUAUAUUAUCAAUGUAGAUUCUGCUAGAGCACCAAAACUUUCUAAAAAGGUAGAUAAAGCAGAUAAACUAACUAAAUCUUCAUCUAUUAACAAACCUAAUCUUCUAAUUAAAGAUACACCCAUAUAAUCUUUAUUCAUUAUUAAAAAUCAAUCCAGAACUAGACCUACUAGUUCUUAAGGUACUUCUAAAUUAACUAGUCCUACUUAAGGUGUCUCAAUAUUAUCCAAAAAAACCACAGAGAGAUUUCAUACUAAAAUGCUCUCUUUGGAAUAGAGUGCCAUAAGGACUCUAGAAGAUGCUCAUCCUCCAAAUCUAACAAAUGAAUUACUCAUUAAUAGACCAUAAUAUGAAACUAAAUAAUUUAAAAGGGUAGAAUUUGUAAAAUAAGAAAAUUCUAAGUAAACUACAUCCACAUACUAAAUUCAACUCACUAUUCCAACUAGACCCUAAAUAAGAGAACCCUCUAGAAAUAACAUAACAACAAAAGUUGAUUCUAAAAAACUAUCUAAUUAUCCUAGUACCUAAAAAAUUGAAAGACCUUCAUAAAGAAAAAUUUUAGCCCCUGAAAUAUAACCAACUAUCUUAUACAUAAAACCUAUUCCAAGUACUUAAAAUUUAACAAAUGAUAAUGAUGAAGAUAUCACCAAGUAAGAGGAGAAUAAAAAUGUAUCAUUUGAAAAUGAAGAACCAAUAAAAGUACAUUCUCCUCAUGAUUCAAUUAUUGCUAAAUAUUUGGAAACUCAUUCUAUGGAUAUAUUAUUAAAAGCUGUUGAAAAGAUUAAAGGGAAACUUAAAAAAUAUGUUUAACAUUCCAAUAAACAAAAAAAAGAAUUCUUAGAACGAAAACAUCAGCAUUCACCUAAUAGAGUUUUGAUGAAUAAUAAAUCAUAAUAAUUAGGUAGAUCCAAUACUUUGAUAGAUGUAGUUGAAAAAAAACUGCUUGAAAAUGAAGCCAGUAAAAUUAUAUAUAAGUUUUUUUAAUCAUCAAAUACAAUGGAAUGGUAUCCAAUUCAUUUUUAUGAUAAAUUAUUUACAGAUUUUGAAACAUCCAAAUGGAUUCUUGAAAAUCCUAGAAUUAGAGGUUAAUUUUUGUAAAAAUCAUCAAAAAAUGAAGAUUAUCAUUAAGUUAAUAUUGAACAGAUUCAAAAUAUUAUCUUUAAUUUAAAACGUUAAUCAACCUUUUAAGUAAUUGGGUCAAUUGAAAUUUCAAAUCAUACAAGAAAAAUUUAAUUUAGAUUUAUAAUAGAUACACUUAUUGAACAUUAUAAAGAUAUAUAAUCUUAUGAUGACAUGAUGGAUUUGUUUGAUUAAUUACUUAAUAUAUAUCUGAUGCAAGAAGAUUUAUUCAGUGAAUGGCUUGACAAUCGGAAGGAGUAAACACUUUAUAGGGUAAGUAAAGAUGCCAUAACAACACAAAAUCAAAAAAGGUAAAGUCUUAAUAUUGAGUUAUCUAAGGAACAAAGAAUUUAAUAACAAGAAGAUAUUUAAUAUUAUCAAUAUCUUUUGUCUAAAGUCCUAUUUUUAAUCAAAAGAAAGAGUUAUAUCAAGACCAUGAAUGGUUAUAAAUUUAAAUCUGUUUCAUAAAAUCAUUAAGUCUCUAUUCAAUAAUAUAAUAAUUUAAUUUAUCACAAAAAAUUAGAAAGAAUUAAAUAAUACUUUUAAUAUAUAGAUUAUGAAAUAUAAAAUUAGGCUAACAAACCUAUUUUGAGUAAAAAGAGACAUCGCAAAAGGAAUAAAGAUAAGCAUUUAUUUAUAGCUUAGGACAAAAAAUAAACCAUUAGAGGAAUGACACCUCCAGUUUAAGAUGAUGAUUCUCAAGCAUAUACAUAAAGAGGUAGUCCAUAUGUUUCUUUGAAAGAUACUGGCAUUAUACUUGGUAAUGAAUUAUAAACUGGAUAAUUAAUUUUGGGGGCAGAGACUCCUAUUAUUUAACCAUUAUUGAAAUAAACACUAAUAUCAAACUGGAAAAAUAUGGGUAUAUAGGAAGUACCUCCUUAAUUGACAGAUAUAUUUAAUUUAGAAACAUAGGAUUAUUUAUAAAGAUUAUUUCCAGAAUUCAAAUUGAAUAUUCCUCCUAUUAAUUACCAUCCUGCUCCUGCUCCAAGCAUCAAAAAAUUUUUAACUGAGUCUCAUUAUCAUUUUAGACAAGAAAUUUCAACAAAGAAAUAUGAUAAAUUAGUAUAUAAACCAAUUCACUCAGAAGAUUACUUAAUUUUAACAUAAGUAGUUAAAAUUGAGAAACAAUUUUAUUAUCUUACAUUAUCUAAUAAAUUACAAUUAAAAUAAGUAUUUGGUAAAGAUUUAUGGGAAGAUGAGUUUGAUAUUUAAUUGAAACAACUAAUCAAUUAUUCUGUAGGAAGAACAGGAUAUAUAAUUGAUUUAAUAGAGUUAUAGAAUAUAUUAUAGCAAAAGUUAGAAAUUGUGAAUUGCAGAAUUUAAAUCAAAGAAAAUGAGACUGAUAAUUCAUAUUAAAAAAAAUUAAAUAAAGUUUUUAGAGUGAAUAAAAGACUAUAUCAUGUAAUCUAAUCAUUAGAAUUUAUUGAAGAAGGACUCAAAGAAUUAUCAUAAGUAAGUAAUAGCCAAUAAUCUGAUAGUGUUGAAUUAAUUGAAGAAUAAAAAAGAGAACCACUUAUUGAUAUUGUAUUUUUACUUGGAGUCAUAAAUAAUAAUACCUAUGUUUAAUAUCAAAAUGUUAUACCAAAUUGUUAUCUAUUAAGAAAUGUAAAUGGAAAGUUCAUGUUAUAAGACCCUGAGUAACCUAGGAAACCUAAAUUUCCUUUUAGAUUAAUCAUGUCUCAUGAAGAUAUGAAUAAACACAUUUCUAGAACAAAUGAAUAAACUAUUAAUGCUAAGGAUAUCACAUUAUUUCCUCAUUACAAUUCAGUAUUUCUCAUUCGAUAAAAUUAAUUCAUUUACAAACCAAUAGGAGCAAAAUUGAGUAUUCUAUCAAAUGAAAGAAAAUUGCAUCAAGAUAUAAGAAACUUCUAAUCAAAAGCUAAUUUAUUAAUAUAUUAUAACAAUACUAAAAAGAUAUCCUUUUAACUUAAUUCUGAAUAGACAGAGAAAUGGGCUCAUUUGUUUUAAAUUGAAAGAAGUAUGCGUUAACAUAUUUUAAAUUAUAAAACAAAAUUAAAAAAAACUCUUGUAGGAUUUUAACUAUAUUAAAAUGAGAAUCGUUCUUCAUAAUCUAAGGAUCCAAGAUAUUUAUUUAUGCAAGACAAAUUUGUUUAAGCAAAAUAAUAUUUUAUUUAAACAAAAAUUAAAUCAAUUGGUUGUGUAUUUGUUUCUGCAAAGAUACAUUCUUCACUAAUGCUAAUGAGAAUUAUGCCAGCUGGAAACAAAAGCAAAUCUCAUACCUUUAUAUUUUAAAUUAAUUAAUAAGAUCCUAUAAAAUUGAUUUAUACUUUAUGUAAAUAAUUCAUUCUUAAAGCAACUUAAACUUAUUCAAAAUUAGAGCUAAUACCUAUAACAUAAAAUUAAAUACGUAAAUAAUAUCUAUUAUCAAAUUAAUAUCAUGAUAACAAUGUUGUAAUAGGUUAAAAAUCCCAUUCAAGAGUAGUUUAUAAAUAAGUUAAAAAAAUAGAUAAAUGUUAUUUUAUAAUAAUAGUUACAUUAAUUAAUAAUUAUUUUUAAAUCUAUCUCUACAACUAAAGUAAUUGUAGAAGAUUUUACUUUACAAUUCAUAGAUCAGAUUUUUUAAUUAUGAAUUAAUACUUUUUAGAUUCAAUAUUUCCAGAAUAACCCCCUGAAAUAGUAGAAUAAUUCUUUAGACCUUGGAAGGUUAAUGAAAUCCAAAAGAUAUUUGCCUUAAUUAUUAAGGCACCUGAAACUUUUAGGAAUAGAACAAAACUUUAUCUUAAAUAAAUUAAAGAGACAAAAAAGGUUCUUAAAAGAUCUGCUACAUCUAGUUUCUCUAGUUUAAAUGUUCUUUAGAGACAAUCCACAUUAUAACUUAAUCAAUAAAUUGAUGAAUCUAAUGGGGAUGAUAUAAAUAAAUCAUGCUGGUUAUUUGAUAAAUUAUUAAUAUCUAAAUCUAAUAGUGUAUUUGAGAAAAAGUUAUGGAUGGAAAUAAUUAAAUAGAUGAAUAUUAAUGGAAAUUUAAUUAUUUUGGAUACCUUUAAGACAGUAUUAUCAGAAUUAGUAUAUUGUAAUGAUAGAACUUGUAAUUUUCUAUGUUAUAUUCCAUGUCUUGAAAUUUUACAAUCUUUUAGAUGGCAACCUAUAAGAUUAAGAAUUCAUUCAUAUGAAACUUGUAAAACUAUAGAUGUUCCAUUAAAUAUAAGAGGAAAGUAAGUUCAAGUCUAUAAAUAGUGUAAUUCUUUAUAUUUUAAUUAUAAAAUUAAUUAAUGCAUACCUAGUAAUCAAGAUAGUAUGAAAGUCAAUAAAUAUAAUGAUUCAAAAUAUAUCAAAUAUUAACUACUUUAUAAAGGAGCAUUUAUGAAACAUAAAAUGCUUUUUAUAGCUAUAUAUUUAUAUAAUGAUGUAUUUCAAAUUAGAAUUUUUAGUUAAACUAAUUCUAUAUCUAGAAAAUUGGAUGUUAAUUAAGUAGAACUAAAGAUUCCAUAUAUUAGAUAAUUAUUAGUAUUGAAUCCUCAAGAAGCUGGCCGAAGAUUAAGUAUGAUAUAUAGAAAUAACUUUAUACAUGCUUCAUUUUUAAAGUUGUGA